AACGAGAUAGAUGAGCUGAGGACAGAGAUGGACGAGAUGAGGGACAGUUUCUUCGAGGAGGAUGCCUGCCAGCUUCAGGAAAUGCGCCACGAACUGGAGCGAGCCAACAAGAACUGCCGGAUCCUUCAGUACCGGCUGCGCAAGGCUGAGCGCAAGAGGCUCCGCUACGCCCAGACUGGCGAGAUCGAUGGUGAGCUCCUGCGCAGCAUGGAGCAGGACCUCAAGGUUGCAAAGGAUGUUUCGGUGAGACUUCAUCAUGAGUUAGAAAAUGUGGAAGAAAAACGUACUGUAACAGAAGAUGAAAAUGAAAAGUUAAGACAGCAGCUUAUAGAAGUUGAAAUUGCCAAACAAGCACUACAGAAUGAACUGGAAAAAAUGAGAGAG